GUCCUCCAGAAACUUGGCAAAGCUGAUGAAACAAAAGAUGAGCAAUUUGAACAGUGUGUGCAAAACUUUAACAAACAGCUGUCAGAAGGAUCCAAGCUACAGAAGGAUCUCCGAACAUAUCUGACUUCAAUUAAAGCAAUGCAUGAAGCCUCCAGGAAACUUACAGAGUGUUUGCAGGAAGUAUAUGAACCGGAUUGGCCAGGAAGGGAUGAUACUAACAAAAUAGCAGAGACCAAUGACCUGCUUUGGACAGACUUCCAUCAGAAACUGGUAGAUCAAGCACUGCUCACUAUGGACACCUAUCUUGGCCAGUUCCCAGACAUAAAGUCUCGCAUUGCUAAACGGGGAAGGAAACUUGUAGACUAUGACAGUGCCAGGCAUCAUUAUGAAUCUCUUCAAACUGCAAAGAAGAAAGAUGAAGCUAAAAUUGCCAAGCCUGUCUCGUUGCUUGAGAAAGCUGCGCCUCAGUGGUGCCAAGGGAAGCUACAGGCGCAUCUCGUAGCUCAGACUAACCUUCUGCGGAAUCAGGCCGAAGAAGAAUUAGUAAAAGCUCAGAAAGUAUUUGAGGAGAUGAACAUUGAUCUUCAGGAAGAACUGCCUUCACUAUGGAAUAGUCGUGUUGGUUUCUAUGUCAACACAUUCCAGAGUAUUGCUGGCUUAGAAGAGAAUUUUCAUAAGGAAAUGAGCAAGUUAAACCAAAACCUGAAUGAUGUCCUUGUGACUCUAGAGAAAGAACAUGCAACAAGCGCCUUUCCUGUUAAAGCUCAGCCAAGUGACAGCACAAAAGCAAACAAAACUCCUUCAUCUCCACCCGAUGGGACUCCUAUCACCAGCCCCGAGAUCAAGGCCGUCAACCAUGAGCCAGAGCCGUCCACUUUGGAGACUCCUCCGGGAGGCAUUCCCAAGUCUCCUUCUCAGUUGAGGAAGGGCCCUCCUGUGCCGCCACCUCCAAAACUCACUCCAUCCAAGGAGAUGAAGCAGGAGAACAUCAUCAACCUGUUUGAUGACAAUUUUGUCCCAGAGAUCAGUGUGACAACCCCCUCACAGCAUGGUGGCCUGCGGCUUUUACCUCUUCCUCCUGUUCGACGACCGAAACUUUGCGUGGAGGGCCUGAAAUUGGGAGAAAAGUCCACAGAAGCCACUCCUGCUGAGGCUGAGGGAGCUGGCAAAGAAGGAGCAGCUGGAGCUGAAGCAGCAGCUAAAACCGAAACUGAUUCAGGAUCUGCCUCAAGUUCUCUGCCCACUGUAGUGGUGGAGACUUUCCCAGCCACUGUCAAUGGAACAGAUGAGAGUGGAGCCCACUCCGAGAGGCCUGACAUGCCACCAGGGUUCCUCUUCAAGGUACAAGCCAUGCAUGACUACACAGCUACUGACAGUGAUGAAUUGCAGCUGAAGGCUGGGGAUGUUGUCCUGGUGAUUCCAUUUGAGAAUCCAGAGGAGCAGGAUGAAGGAUGGCUGAUGGGUGUGAAAGAAUCUGACUGGCUUCAGCACAAAGAAUUUGACCAAUGCCGGGGAGUUUUCCCAGAGAAUUUCACUGAGCGGGUGCAGUGAACUCUUGCAGCUCCUUAGAUAGCUUCUCUUCAACAAGAAAGGAAGAGGUGUUUUCUCCCCCUCUUCCUGAGGAAGGUCUAAAAAAAUAAUUGAAAGAAUGUUUUUUUAAAGCAGCUUAAAGGUUGGAUUCUUCACAGAAAACAAUGUUUUAGAAGUACACUGAAUCAAAGUAUUAUCAAAGAUAUAGAUAAUAAAGAAAGACAGGUUGGAAAAAAAUCUUUUUUCUGUUUGAGUUGAAUAAGGUCAAUUCAGAAGGUUGUCACUGAGUGGUGGAGCGAUGUUGUGUGAAAUAGGAUGUGCUCAGCAUCAUAAGCUGUGAAUACUAGCAGUCCUGUUGUCCUGAAACUACACAAUAAAGUUUAUCUUGUGGGAAGGCACGGUCAA